CCUAGAACCUGCAACAGCAACAAUAACAAUAAUAGACAGGAUCCCUCCCUCGAGGCGAUCUGCAGGGUGGGUGCUCGGCCGGACCCAGCAGUAGAAGGCGGUAGCCACGGCAGCUGCUACUGUCAGCAGCGUCAGAGAUAGCGGCGGCGCGCGCGCGCGCGAACGGGAGAGACUAGAACAACAAUAAAUCGAGCUGCUCAAGAGGGAUUCAAAAAUAGAAACGCUAAUUCCUGGAAACAAUGUCGAGCGAGGCACCGGGAAUGCAAGAAGAAAAUUUGCAGGGUUCCUGGGUUGAGUUGCACUUCAGCAGCAAUGGGAACAGUCAUAGUGCCCUGCCAGCAAUCCAGGAACAAGCUCCAGCUUCUGUUUCCAUUUACAAUGGUGAUAUGGAAAAGAUUCUUCUAGAUGCCCAGCACGAGUCUGGCAGAAGUAGUUCACGGGAAAGCUCACACUGUGACAGCCCUCCUCGUUCCCAAACACCUCAAGACAUCCGCAGAGCUGCUGAAGUGGAGAGUCAUGUUAGUGGAGAAAAGAGUAGUUCUCAGUCAGAAGAAGAUUUUCUAGAAAGAAGGAAAGAAGUUGAACAGCUUUUGAAGAAAAGCUCAGAUUGGAUGUGGGAUUGGUCCAGUAGGCCUGAGAACAUUCCACCCAAGGAAUUUCUGUUUAAACACCCUAAGCGCACAACUACCCUCAGCAUGAGAAACACAAGCAUGAUGAAGAAAGGGGGAAUAUUUUCUGCAGAAUUUUUGAAGGUUUUUCUACCAUCUCUGCUGCUGUCCCACCUGCUUGCUAUUGGGCUAGGGAUUUAUAUUGGAAGACGGUUGACGCCCAUGGCUUCCAGCAGCUCUUUGUAAGAGUGGGAAUGUAUCUUUCUUGUGAAAAUGUGACAGCGUUCAUCCAGGCAUGCAAGAUGGCAAACAAAGGAACUCCCGAGUGAACAGUGACUUUGGUUAUGUAUGUUUUGUUCUUUAAAUGUUGUCCUCCUAGUUCCAUUGUAAAGUGGAAAGAUGAAAACCAAAGCCAAGCAGUUCUUAUAUGUAAACUCAUUUUUGUUCAACAUAAGCAAAGUUUAGAUGAAAGGAAGCUUCUUUUAAAAAAAGAAUGGAAUAAAAAAUGCAAUGUCUGUAGUGAAGGUUAUGUAGCAAUGAAUUAAUCUGUGUUUCUUCCUUUUGAGUCUGUGAAGAUAUUAGUUGGGGUUGCUCUUAGUAAUACUUCAUGGGGGCUCCAGGGUAUUGUGGCCUUACAUUUCUGAAAAAUGCCAGCUUUUUACUUGAUGUGAAGUGACUUUAUAAUUGACUUUAAGAUUUAACUACGAAUUCUAAAUAGUUUUAUGUGCUUUAGAAUGGGAUCUUUCUCAUAUGUUGUUCAGUUAAUAUUUAUACACUAUGUAACUCUUCAAAAUGGUGUAACUAUGCUUGAGUUUAACACAGAUUGAUUAUACAAAUGCUGAAAUAAAGAUUACCCAGGUUUCCCUCAAAUCCAAA